UUGAACCCCGGUCCUCAGAACUGUGAGGCAGAUGCUCUAACCAGUCACCUCAACAAUUUAUAAAUUUAUAAACAGAAAUAAAUGAAUAAUUUACAAUUAGAUAUUUGUUAUCUGUUGACCUCUGCUGUGUUAAUUGUAUUGAUAUUUAGUUUAUGGAUUUAUAAUUGUAAUUUCAAACUAGAAUUGGUAUUCAGAAGAGUACCACUUGAGUAAAGAAAAAAACAGUAAGAAUAACACUUUAUUUACUUUGAAAAUACUUUAGGAAACUUUACACCAGAAAAUAUAUGAAAUACCAAAAAGUGAGCAAGAUAACAGUGAUAGUAGUUCUGUCACAUUCGUAAAGAAUUUAUCAAAAAUGUGAUUUACAUGUGAAAUGAAUGAUAUAUUAAUGAUAGGGCGUUCAAAGUGUUAAAAAAAAAAAAUCUGUAAUUUUAAGGUGAUGAGCAACGAUUGAAACCGUAAAAAGAGAUUCAAUCAGUCAUUGUCAUCUGGCCCAGGGCAGGAAUUCAAGAUGCCCUUACUGAAAACAACCAAUAAGUGUGUGUAUGUGCGUGUGUACCAGCAGCCAAUCAGCUUGCAUGUGGGCGGUGCAGCCGAGUAUAAGUGCAAGUGUAGGUGUGUAGUGUUGUGUGUGUGUGUUUUUUCAAUAGGAUCAUCAUGUCCACCACUGCGUCCUUUGUGCCUCUUUGCGGCCUUCCCCAGCAGGACCUUCCGUCUCUGGGCGUGGAUCCCUCUGACUUCAGCCUUUACAGCCCUCCACCUCCACCCGAGCCCAGACACUCUUCACUGGCGUGCCUCCCACCAGACCUCGGCCUGUUCUCCGGGCCUGUAGGAGAACACCCCAACUUUGGAGCCGCCUUCUACAACCACCAUAGUCCUUUCCUCCCCGGCGGGCCUUGGUACUCUGCGGACGGGAUGCUGGGCCUGGCCCGUCCGCCGUACUCCUACUCGGCCCUCAUCGCCAUGGCCAUACAGACCUCACCCUCGCAGCGGCUGACGCUGAGCCAGAUCUACCAGUACGUCUCGGAGCACUUCCCCUUCUACAGCCGCAACAAAGCAGGCUGGCAGAACUCCAUCCGGCACAACCUGUCGCUCAAUGACUGCUUCCGCAAGGUUCCACGGGAGGAGAACAAUCCUGGUAAAGGAAACUUCUGGACUCUGGACCCGAACUGCGACAAGAUGUUUGACAAUGGCAACUUCUGCCGCAAGAGGAAGAGGAAAACCGACACCUUGACAUCCGCCAAGAAAUGUCGCAACUCCUCGUCUGACUCCUCGUCUGAGCCCAGCCCCAAAUGUCCCAACAUGCAUUGCAGCUCGGAGUUUCCUGCCCUGUCAGACCAGCGUAUCUCCCCUCAGUCUUCCGUGUGCAUGCAGGUCCCAGAUGAGUCCUCCCUGCUUCCUCCUGCUCUUCCUUCUCAGGGGUUUGUCUACUCGCCAGGAGCCGUGGUGCCUCAGUGGGAGGCCUGUAGCUCCUUUCCUUCUCCUCCUUCAUUUGCUCCUGCCGUGUUCUUCCCCUCUUCUCAAUUAAGCCAUCCUCCCUUCUCGCCGUCGUCGCUCUACACUGACCUGGAGACCACGUGCGCUUCUCUGCUGGAGUUCCACGAGGAGCAACCACCGCAGUUGGACCCCUUCCAGGCUCACCUCUUGGGGGGCCUCAUGGAGGAGCUGCCCCUUGACUCAUUAGUUAUCAAGCAGAUACACUAACAUCCAUUUGAUGCCUUAAAAUGUGUGCCACUGUGCUAAUAGCUAUUUAUUAUUGUUGUUUUUUUAAUGUAUUUUAUAAGUUAAAAACUGCAUGUGAAAUUUUGU